CGCGGCUCAUCCCGCGGCAGUCAUCAUGGAAGGUCGCCGAGUGCUGGUCCUUGCUCUGAGCCUGGCGGCGGUGGCGGCGGGCUACCAGGGUGAAGGUGAACAAGUGUUGCUCGUGGCGCCCGUGCUGGCCCCGCCGCGGGAUGCGCGCACGCACGUCACGGACCGCGCCCGACAGUUCCCCGUGCUAGUGCUGCUGUCCCGGCAGAACCAGGGCCCCAAGCAGGAGCCCUCAGCCAAGUCUCUGCACGGAUCCCAGCAGCCCAUUUAUGUGCAGAAACUUGAAGAUCAACAAAGAAACGAGGUUGACCAGCCAAAGAGUCGCGACAAGCGUCACUUGAAGAAACUCCUGCACUUUGGCCUUGGGGGAGGCUGGCUCGGGGGCGGGGGCGGGGGCAGCCACGAAGGCGGCUACAGCUCUGGGGGCUACAGUUCCGGGGGCUACAGCCACGGGUGGUCGUACGGGGGCCACGGCGGCGGCGGCGGCUACCAAGAGCCAUCCAAAACUAUCAUCGUAAAAGUCAUUAAAGAAGAUGCUGGUUACUCAGGCCAUCAUGGCGGCGGUCACCAAGGGGGCUACCAAGGGGGAUACCAGGGUGGUUACGAAGGCGGAUACCAGCAGAGUAGCUACCAAGGACACCAAGGCAGUUACCAAGGUCACCAAGGUGGUUACCAAGGACAUCAACAAAGCGGUUACCAAGGGGGACAAGGCGGUGGCUACGGAAGCGGGGGCGGCGGUGGUUUCGGCAGCGGGGGCGGCGGCGGUUACGGCAGCGGCGGUGGAGGCGGCGGCGGGGGCGGUGGCGGUGGCGGCGGCGGCGGCGGCGGAUAUGGCGGUGGGAACUACGGUGGACAACAAGGAGGCCAUCAAGGAGGCGGCAGCUAUGGCGGUGGUGGUCCAGUGCUGCAGCCAUCCCCCUGCGGCGGCGGCUGCUCCGGGGGCUACAACAACGGCGGCGGGGGCGGGGGCGCCACUGCCACUGCUACUGCCACGGCCACGGCCACCGCCAACUCUUACUCUUCUGGCUCAGGAUAUGGAAAACGAUAAUAUUCUGAAGAAAAAGUUCAAAAACUCAAAAUAUUACGCCACAACUACUUACUACAAUGUAUGAAGAAAAGCAGCUAUAAUACCUAGCUACCCAGUGUGUGAAUCGGUAUUAUACGACCUAAUGGACAAAGUCAAACUUAUUUUAAGUGUAUUUCAAGUGAUAUUAAUAAAAUAAGUGUAAAAUAACUGAAUCUA